UGUACUUUCUACUCCACUACAUUUCCAAAAUGCACCACGUUACAUUUGAUGGUUGAUCAGUCACCAAAAUGCUGUCUUCACAAAAAAUAUUGGUUGCGUUUCGGCCUCGGAAGUUUAAACCAAUCAGGUGCUGCUAUGCCGCCUCCAAUGACAGCAGAGCGCGGCGUGCAUUUAGAAGCGGCAGUGUGAUUUGGACAACAGUCGAUAUGGACUCGGAGACUGAGACCCCUGAGCCGAGCCAUCCUUGGCCAUAUUUAAAAGAGAUGUUCAUGUUUACGGGCUCCAGGAAUGAAUCAUUUAAAUUCCAGUGUCUCAACUGUCUUCCUCAAAAAAAGGAAUUACUGGCUUUCAAGAAUUCCCCGUCAAAUCUGAAGAAACACAUUGAGAGAAGGCACAGAUCACAUCUCCAGCGUUACAUGGACCUGACGGCAACGACUACUAAAAGGAAGGGAAGCUUGUCUGUUGGCGAAGGUCCUUCAACUAGUAAGCAGCAGAAACUGGUGGUGGCAGACACAAAGGCUUCUCAGAAGACCACAGAUGUUGCAGUAAUGAACUUUGUUGUUCAGGGUUUGCACCCUUUUGGAGUAGUGGAGCAACCUGGAUUCAUAUCUUUAAUGCAGCAUAUUCACCCAAAUUACACAGUGAUGUCACGGACAACUUUAAGAGACAGGAUAGAAAAAAAAACAGUGCAAAUGAAAGCAAAAGUGAAGAAUGCUAUGCAGAACAUUAAAUACAUCUCAACAACCACAGAUUGUUGGACGGCCCAUCGUCAAAGCUUCAUAGGUGUUACUGCCCACUGGAUCGAGCCAGAAAGCCUGGAGAGAUGUUCUGUUGCUCUGGCAUGUCGAAGAAUGAAAGGAUCACAUACCUAUGAUGUACUAGCUGAAGCCCUGAAUGACAUCCACAUGGAAUACAAUAUUCGGGAAAAGAUUGUCAGAACUACAACUGACAAUGCCUCCAAUUUCAUCAAGGCUUUUAGGGUUUAUGGGUGUGAUGAAGAAAGUGCUGCUGAUGGGGGGUGUGAAGAUGUGAAUGAUAGUGAGAAGGAAGAAGAAGCUCCAGAAGAAGAUCCUGAAGUGGAGACAGAGGCUGUUGAAGUGGAAGCUUUAAUGAAUGAAGAAGAUGACGAGUGUGCCGAAUAUCAGCUUCCAAAGCAUCACCGUUGUGCUUGUCAUCUCCUUAACUUGAUCUCAACAGUUGAUGCCCAAAAUGCCAACUCCAACGACAUCUACAAGAAAAUAAGUCGUGCAGCAUUUGCUAAGUGCUCAUCACUUUGGAAUAGGACCUCUCGCUCCUCUACAGCUGCAGAGGUCAUUGAGAGGGAAUGCAAGCUGCAACUCAUUCGACCAGUUGACACUCGGUGGAAUUCUUUCUUUCUUUCUGUUGAACGGAUACUGCGAAUAAUUAGAGAGAGUGGAGAAGGAGCCAUCAGAGCAGUGACCACUGCACUUAAAAUCCCCAUGUGCAGCCCUGCAGAACUUGCUUUCUUGACUGAAUAUGUUGCAACCAUGGGCCCAAUCUCCAAGGCACUGAACAUAUUGCAGGCAGAGAAGGAUGUCCACAUGGGAUGGCUAGUGCCAACUAUAACCCUCCUAAAUGUGAAGCUUGACCGCCUGAAGACCUCAUCUAGGUUCUGCCAGCCACUGAUCACUGCCCUUCAAGAAGGAAUACAGCGGCGAUUUGGAGACAUGCUUUCUGACCCUGAACUUGUUGCUGCUGCCAUUUUGCUUCCAAAGUUUCGCACCUCAUGGACAAGCAAUGCAGACUUGCUGAAAUCGGGCAUGGACUACAUCAAGGCCCACUUGGAUCUAGAGUCAGUCCCAUCACCAGGCAGCCAUUCAGGGUCAGAGGAGGAGGACUUCUUUGGUCUUAUGAAGGGAAACGUUCAAGAAACCACAAGGCAGCUGGACACCUAUCUGGCCAGUUCAACGACCUCCAUGAAUGUCCUCAAGUCAGUGCCCAAUGUUCUCAACUUGUCCCUCAAAGUCAACACUCCGCUGCCUGCCUCCGCAGCAUGUGAAAGACUUUUUAGCUCAGCCGGGCAGAUUUUUUCUUCAAAAAGAGGCAGACUAGGCUCAAAAAACUUUGAAAACCAACUCUUGUUGAAACUGAACAAAAAGUUCUGGUAAUGCAAAUGACAAUGAAACUGCCAUUUUAAAACUGUUGUGCAGAGAAAAAAAAACAUGUUUAUAGAUGAGCCUUGCCAGCAUUAAGACUUGUUGAGUUCUCAUGUUCAUGACAUGUCAGAAGUUAAAGAAAAGAAAGGUUUAAAAGAAAAUUUCACAGUUGAAUUGUUGUGUUGAUCAGAUGUUGAUUAGAAUAAUUGUUGGCUGCAUUAUAGGACAAAAAAUCUGAUCAAAUAGGCUAACUUAUCGAAAGAUUAUUCAGAGUCUGUUUUGCUUUGAAUAGAUUUAUAAUAAAAUAAAUGAUUUUAAUAUAUAACCGUCUUCUUUAUUGGUUUUACCUAAUGACAUUAGAAA